AUGUUUCGUAAUCUAGAUUUGGCAAGGACGGGCAAUGCCAUUAGCGGUUCUCCGCAGACAACUUGGAUAGGACUGGUACGAGCUGAUUAUCUGUGCAGCAAUUGGACAGCAAAAUGGAUAUGGAUGGACGGUACAGAGGUCGACUAUCUUGCAUGGGAUAUUGGUCAGCCAGGAUGGGAUAUUAACAAGCCGUCACAACAAAAUUGCGUAGAGGUACCAUUUCCAUAUAUCAAGCGAUUUGACAACAAGCAAUGUUUUUGA